AUGACUGUUGUCGCUGUGGCUGGUGGCACCGGAGGCGUGGGGAAGACCAUUGUCGAGAGGCUCGCUCAAGAGUCCAAAUUCCGGGUUAUCGUGCUAUCGCGUAAUGUACCAGAACGGAAGUCGGGCUCUCAAAUAGUCCAGCAUGUGCAGAUCGACUACAAUGACUUUGCUUCGAUGACAAAAGAGCUCGAGCGUCAUAACGUGCACACUGUCAUCUCCGCCGUCGGGCUUCUAUCCGAUGAAGCCAGCCAGUCUCAAAUCAACCUGAUAGAUGCUGCCGAGAAAUCAUCAGUGACUGAAAGAUUCAUUCCGAGCGAAUUCUCAUUUAUCCAGACGAAAGAUCUACUUCCCGUGGAUCCUAGUAUCCAAUGGUGGCUCGAUGCAGCCGAUAGAUUGAAAAGCAGCUCUCUAAAAUACACCAGGGUGAUUCCCGGCUUCUUCAUGGAUUACUGGGGAAUGCCGAAUAUCCAAACCAACCUCCAGCCAUACAGUUUCGGUAUCGACAUAGGUAGCGGCAUGGCAGCCAUUCCUGGCGAUGGGACCGAUGUGAUUUGCAUGAUCUACACAUACGAUAUGGCCACCUACCUGGUCAAAGUGCUGGACCUGGACGAAUGGCCCGAGUUUAGCGUGAUUGUAGGCGACCAAGUUACCUACAAUGAGCUCUUGGCUCUGGCCGAGGAGAUCACAGGCAAGAAGUUCCAAGUCAGCUACGAUAGUCUCGAUCAGAUCCAGGCGGGGAACGUCACCGUUCCGCCUAUGCCAAAGGGCGCCGAGUACCCCGUGGAGGAACUCAAGGAGACUACUGCUCUGGUCAGCCGGUUGACUGUGAACGGUGUCUUUGACUUGCCCAAGGAAAAUCGAAUCAAUGCUCGAUUCCCUGACGUGCGACCGAUUACAAUGAAGGAGUUCUUGGAGAAGGCUUGGAGAGGCUAG